UUAAACAUUUUUACAUUCAGAUUUGUAUCGAAAGCUCGUUGCAGAAAAGUUGAUGGACGAUCUAAAAGUAGAAACAUGGCGUUCGGAAGACUCAGACAGUUUUUCUUCUUCGUGUGACAAGUUCAAGAUAUGGAAUGUCAAAGAAAUUAUCUUCAAUGAUGGCUAUGAAUUCAGAUCUUCGAAGGAUCAUUCUAAAUGGGCAGUGACAGAAAAUAAAAACUGGAUAUGUAUAGGAGAUUUGAACAGAGCGAACUCGCAAUGUAAACGAGGUGGUGGAACAAUGUGCCUCGAACAUAAGGAAGUUUCAGAUCAGUACAAAAGUUUGAUUAAGUCGUACGAAGAAUGUGACAAGAAAAGACAAAAACCAGAUUGCUCUUUCGAUGACAAUUACCCGAAAAAAGUGAGAAAAGUUUGUCCCAACCCAUAAUUCUUCUGAAGAAAUAUACAAGUCAGAUGAAAUUGACUUUUAAAUACCUUACAGA